CGACAGCUCUCCGACCGACCCGCAUCUAUGAAUUCUAUAGCACAUCAUGGACCCUCAACACGAUGCCAAAUUUCCUCUACAUGAGGCCGCUCGAGAGGGAAGAACUCAGGUGGCCGAGUCACUUCUAAACGCAAAUCCGAAGCUUGCCAAUAUCAAAGAUGAUGACGAACGCCUUCCCAUUCAUUGGGCUGUAGCAUACAAUCGGCUUCCUAUCGUGGAGCUAUUGGUGGCCACCAAGCACUUCGAUCCAGAUGUUGAGGACGGUUCAGGCUGGACCCCAUUGAUGAUCGCAGCCAGUCUAAAGAACGCCGAAGGAGAUCCCAUCAUCGACCUGCUCUUGAAAAAGGGCGCAGACGUAAAUGUCAAGAGUAACUCCGGACAGAAUGCGCUUCACUUCGCAACCUCCAAAGCCAGCCUUUCCACCGUUCGUACCUUAAUAGCCAACAAAUGCAGCGCCAGAGUUAAAGAUAAGCGCGGGCAACUAGCACUCCAUCGCGCCGCAGCUAUCGGGUCCUCACCAAUCAUUAAGGUUCUUCUCCAAGAUGGGAAAAGCCCCGUCAAUGCCACGGACGUGGACGGUCUGACUGCUCUGCACCAUGCUAUCUCCGAGGGCCACGGUGAAGCUGCGAUCACUCUGCUUAAGGCUGGUGCUGAAACCGAUACGAAGGACGCCAAUGGUAUUUUGGCUAUUGACAUGGCGCCGGAUGCAAGUGUUCGAGAAUAUAUCCGGCAAACUGCAGAAAUGGAGGGUAUAGAAAUUUAAGAGACGUGGCACAUGGUUAUGGAUACUCGGAGCUUUCCGAAGCUCAUCAUAAUGAUCUAAUAGUAGCAAUUAGGA